AUGGAUGUCAUCGAACUUAUCAAAACUCGCUUUGAGGAAUCAGGAGCACUACAAAACACUCUUUUGAUAAUCAUGGGUGACCAUGGCAAUCGUGUGACCAGAAUGAGCAGAACGAACGUCAACCUUUGUUGUCACUGCUUCUACCGAAGCAAUUUCAUACAGUCGUAUCCUGAAAACUGGCAAAAUCUUCUUGUCAACACACAGCGUUUCACUUCAAACUUCGAUGUGCACGAAACACUCCUGGACAUUAUCGAGGGGAAAAUUGGUGUGAAUAGACCAGGUAAACGAGGAAUUUCACUAUUUCGGCGGAUUCCCACCAAUAGAUCGUGCAUAGAAAACAACGUUGUGCAUAAUUUUUGCUUGUGCAUGGAGCCUGAGCCGGAAGGAGAACAAUCAAAAAUUAAUCGCUUAUCUAUGCUUGUGUCGUUGAGACAGUAUAUGGAACGACAUGGGUGCCUAAGGCUGAACUCCAUUCACUGUCACUCAGAA